UUUGGCUUAUAUGGAUGAACGGCCACACAACUGAUCUACCGUUACAUUGCGAUACUAUCGACCGGAGAAAAAAGACAAAGUUUUUUAAAGUUUUUCUUUUCCAACUUGUAGUUAAAUAAUAAAUAAUAAAGUCGAAUUACUAAAGAAUUUGUCAAUACUUAUUGGUCGGUCGAGCCAACACAUUUGUGCCGCAACAUUUCUUUAAAAAACUUUACUUCAACAAACGCCAAAUAAGCGAAAGCCAACAGACGCCUGAAUUUCAUCAGAAAUUGUGAAAUACCCGAAGACAUCUGCACAGACGCCCACACAUGCACAUACAUACAUACAAGGCAAUCUGAAUGCAACCUCGUGUAGUACAUCACAAAAAGUGAACAGGUCCUAACAGGCAAACGCAAAAACAGCACCAUAAUAGAAUCGUCAACAUCAAAUACACAAUUAUACAUAAAUAUCUUGACAUUCCAAAAUGCCUACGGAGCAAGAUACAACGGUGUGUAACAUAUGCAAAAAAAGUCGGCUAAAUAGCGGUGUCCAAAACUGGGUCCAAUGCGACAUAUGCAAGCUAUGGUUUCACUUUGCCUGCGCUGGAGUCGAUGCCAACAUAAGAGAGCGUCCGUGGAAAUGCACAUUCUGUAAGGAAGAGGAAGACGACGUAAUUUCAUCUUGCAGCGACUAUCCAGUACCACCGCAUCCACAGGAAGUUCAAUCCAUUAAUAGCGCUAAGUCUGCCCAGGAACAGCUGGAUGCCUAUCAACCACAAAUUCAACCCAACAAGCAACAAGCCUUCAAGUUAACUGAGCCGACAAGCGCCCCGAGCAACAGUAAUCUAAUGUUGGCAAUGCUUGAAGAGACGCGUGAAGCUGAAAGAAAGUACAUUCAUCAAAAGUAUACCUUUCUUGCCCAGCAACAGGGAGUAAACACAAUCCCCUUCCCAGAGAUUGGACCAACUACUGCACAACUAGCCGCAAGACAAGUCUUGCCAGCGGAUCUUCCCCCAUUUAGCGGUAAUCCAGAGGAAUGGCCCAUGUUCAUAAGUAUGUACGAAAACAGUUGCGCUGUAGCAGGCUUUUCGAACGCAGAAAACAUGCUGCGGCUUCAAAAAUGCUUGAAGGGAAAAGCGUACGAGUUGGUCCGUGAUAAGCUGCUGAUACCAACACUGGUUCCAGAAGUCAUCAGUACGCUGAAAACAUUUUUUGGACGACCUGAGCAAAUCCUCGAUCGACUGAUAGACAGGAUCCGUAAAAUCAACGUGCACAAAGAUAAGCUGGAGACACUAAUAGACUUCGCCAUGGCAGUCCGCAACGCCUGCGCCACAAUGGAAGCUUGCCGGUUACAUAGACACAUGGACAAUCCAAUGCUGCUACGGGAACUCGUUGACAAGUUACCUACUCAUCACAAAUUAAGCUGGGCUAUGCAUCAACGCUGCGAUUCGAUUCCCAUAAUACAAUCUUUCAGCGACUGGCUAUAUAAACUAGCGGAAGCAGCCUCUACCGUACUCCCCGGAUCUAGCGCAAAGACCAACAGUGUAAACACCCAUUCACAAACUCGACAAGGAUCGUCGAACGAAGCCACUUUCGAUACGGAGAUCGAUCUCCAGGAAGAAACCAGAGCGAGCCAAACGUGCAUUAUGUGUAAUUCUACUGAACACACCGCCGCCCAAUGCGAAAAAUUUAAGCUGCUAACUGUUCCAGAAAGACAAAGAAUUAUAAACGACUCUCGGGCUUGCUACAGAUGUUUGAAGGCCCAUCGCCGUAAAUGUUUUUCCAGGCGCGACUGCGGAGUCGACAACUGCCAAUCCAAGCAUCACCCGUUACUUCAUAGAGAUCCACCUCAAUCAGAGCUAGUUAGUGCUCAUCAUGAAGAAGGCAUUAUGGAAGAACAAUACUUCCGAAUUCUGCCAGUCACUCUGUAUGGAAAAGGAACUUCCAUUAAUACAUUUGCCUUUCUGGACGAAGGCUCAUCAGUAACUCUCAUCGAAAGCGUACUCCUGAAGGAUCUAAAAAUUGCCACAACAAAUGAACCGCUAUGCCUACAGUGGACCGGCGGCACCACCAGAAUGGAGGAUACUUCAGAGAGAGCGCAACUUCAAAUAUCAGAGACUGGAAAUUCGAAAAAGAUGUGGCGUAACAAAGUGCACUCUGUUAAAAAGCUGUCAUUACCAAAGCAGACCGUUGAUGCAGACAAACUAUGCAAAAGGUAUAAAUAUUUACAUGGAUUGCCUUUGAAAUCAUAUUAUAACGCAGAGCCUAUGAUUCUUAUCGGUACUAACAACUGGGCAUUAGCAGUUCCCAGAAAAAUCCGUGAAGGAGACGCAUCGCCUCAAAAUGUGCUCUAGGAUGGAGCAUCCAAGGAACAGGAAACUCAAGCAAACAUGUUUCUCUACAUCACUGCGAAUGCAACUGGGGCGAACUCGACAAAGCCAUCAAGGAUAGUUUUAUUGUAGACCCUAUAGCUCCACGAAAGCUUCAAUCGGAAGAUGACAAAAAGGCCAUACGCAUUCUUGAAGACACAUGCAAAAAGGUAAAUGGCCGCUACCAGGUUGGUCUUCUUUGGCGAGAUGACCGUGCUACGCUCCCAGAAAGCCUUUCAACUUCUUUAAGACGCCUGGAAUGCCUGCGGUCAAAAAUCAAGAGAGAUCCAGAAUUUUUCGAGCGAGUUCAAGACCAAAUCAACAAUCUUGUGUCUAAAGGAUAUGCAAUCGAACUAGAACCUGCAGACAUAAAUAAGGAAGAACAUCGGGUAUGGUAUCUCCCAAUUUUCAUCGCCUUAAAUCCUAAUAAACCUAAUAAAGUACGAUUGGUUUGGGACGCAGCUGCGAAAAGUCACGGGAAAUCUCUUAACGAUUUUAUUUUAAAUGGACCCGAUUAUCUAAAUCCACUCGCAGAGGUUCUUAUGGCAUUUAGAGUUGGCCGUAUCGCCGUGUGCGCCGACAUUGCAGUGAUGUUCCAUCAAAUUACCAUACAAGAAAGCGAUAUGUAAGUUCAAAGGUUCUUAUGGUUCCAUAACGACAAAAAAACCCCAAGGACCUUCGUCAUGCGUUCGAUGACAUUCGGAAUUUGCUGCGCACCUUGUAUCGCCCAUUAUGUACGCGACAAAAACGCAGAGGCAUUCAAAGACACAAAUCCUCGAGCAUACGAGUCCAUAACCAAGGCACACUAUAUGGACGAUCUCAUCGACACCUACAAUAAUGAUUCCGAGGCGGUAUCAGUGGCAUCAGCAGUCAAGGAUAUUCAUGCGAAUGCAGGAUUCACAAUAAGAAACUGGAUCUCAAACUCCGCCGCGGUUAUGCAUCAUUUUGGAGAGCGCCAAUUAAACACCCACAAUCCAAAGGAACUUGGUGGACCUGAAAAGGUUCUCGGUUCGCAAGACUUCAAAGAGAUGUCCUGAACGGAGACGCUACACCAACCAAGCGAGAAAUCCUGCAGGUACUCAUGUCCGUCUUUGAUCCACUGGGCUUAAUCUCUUGCUACACAAUCGGCCUAAAGAUGCUACUUCAAAAAGUGUGGCGGUCAGGCAGAGACUGGGAUGAGGAACUUCCCGAAGAGCUACUUCAGUUUUGGAUGCAAUGGAAAAUCGUCCUUCUACAAGCUACUAAGUUGGAAUUUCCCCGUCACUACUCCAGAUUGCUACCAGAAGCAGAGCAAAUCGAUCUACAUACCUUCGUAGACGCCAGCGAAUACGCUUAUGCCGCAGUUUCAUAUCUUCGUAUAAAAAGGGAAAACAAUGUCGAUACAGUCAUAGUAGCCGCAAAAUGCAAGGUUGCACCGCUGAAACCCGUCUCCAUUCCACGUAUGGAAAUCCUGGCAGCCGUUAUGGGAGUCGGACUAGCAAAAAAAAUCAAAAACACGCGAGGUUUACGAAUCGAUAACUGCACUUACUGGUCAGAUUCUAAGACUGUUCUUCAGUGGCUAAAAAUCGACCCACGCAACUUCCAACCCUUCGUCAUGCACCGAGUUGGCGAGAUCAUUGAUAAUACUACCAUUAAUCAGUGGCGCUGGGUUCCAACAAAAGAAAACAUAGCAGAUUUAGCCACAAAAAUCGUGAAGGCUCCAGAGGCUUCUCGAUGGAUUAAAGGGCCCCACUUUCUUAUCCAGCCGGAGGGUGAAUGGCCAGAACCGGACGUGUCCUUCAAUGAAGAAACAAGCAAGAUUGAAUUACGUAAGCAUGUACUCAUAACAACCAAUCUAAAGAAUUUCGAAUUUGCAGUUUACUACUUUUCGGACUGGAAACGCUUAUACAGGACUGUGGCUAAUUUCCUCCUAUAUAUCGAGAAGCUACGUGCCAAAUGCUGUGGUAAACCUUUGCCUAAACGUCUAAACCCUGACAUCGUUCGCUCAGCCAAGACAUGGCUAUAUAAACAGGCGCAGUUUGAAUUGUAAGCUGCCGAGAUCACCUCUUUAAAAUCCAGAUCAUGCAUCAAUAAAGCCAGCCCGCUUAUCGCCCUAAACGUCUAUUUGGAUGCAUCAGGUGUCAUACGUGUGCAAGGCAGAAUGAACAAAUUGAAACCAGCAGGUGACGCCAUCGUACUGCCAAAAAAAUCACGGAUUACCUUUAAGGAAGUCCGAAUGAGUUGCCAAAAAUGCAAAAUCAUAACCGCCUUACCUAAACACCCACAAAUGGCCCCUCUACCAGCUGCCAGACUCGCUUCCUUUGAGAGACCCUUUACGUAUACCGGAAUGGACUACUUCGGCCCGAUCCUUGUCAACGUUGAAAGGCACAUGGAAAAGCGUUGGGGAGUUCUGUUCACAUGCUUAACUUUGAGAGCCGUGCACUUAGAAGUAGCCCACAAACUCGACGUUAGUUCCUGCAUAAUGUGUUUAAAAAACUUCAUGGCACUUCGAGGAGUACCGAAAGAAAUCUACUCAGAUAACGGCACUAAUUUUAAAGCCACAGAAAAGGUAGUGAAGGAGGAACUAAAAAGGAUUAACUUCGACAAUAUAACCAUACUCUAUGACGCAAUUAUAUGGAAAUUCAACCCUCCGGCAGCGCCUCAUAUGGGAGGAGCGUGGGAAAGGCUUGUUCGAUCUGUUAAAUCAGUCCUAAAAUCGAUCUGCCCAACAAAUAACUUUAACGACGAAACUUUACGAACUGCCUUAAUGGAAGCUGAAACUAUCUUAAAUUCCAGACCAUUAACCUUUGUUUCUCUAGAUUCCGAAGACGAAGAGGCUUUAACCACAAACCAUCUACUCCUGGGAUCACCGAGCGGUUACAAGCCAAUGUUAGAAGACAACACUGACCUGAGGCUACGAUGGCACCAAACGCAGCUUUUCGCCGAUAAAUUUUGGAAGCGUUGGAUAAGGGAAUACACGCCUACACUAACCAGACGAUGCAAGUGGUUUACCAAACGCCCACCGUUAGCCAUUGGAGACAUCGUAGUUGUCGUCGACGAUCAACUUCCCAGAAACUCGUGGCCCAAAGGACGCAUAACUGACGUAGUGAUUGCCAAGGAUGGACAAGUACGCAGGGCAACAGUAUGGACGCGGAAUGGAAUUAUGAUCCGCCCAGUAGCCAAAAUAGCAGUCCUGGACGUCGGCUUAAAAGAAAGUGAAGAUCCGAAGGACGUUCACGGGGGGGAGAAUGUUGCCGCCGAUAUUUAAAUUCUGCUUCGAUCCCUUCAAUAUGGUCCUAUUAGAAAAAAAGAAGGGAUUUUGGCUCAUAUGGGUGAACGGCCCCACAACUGAUCUACCGUUACAUUGCGAUACUAUCGACCGGAGAAAAAAGACAAAGUUUUUUAAAGUUUUUCUUUUCCAACUUGUAGUUAAAUAAUAAAUAAUAAAGUCGAAUUACUAAAGAA